AUGGAGCUCGAGCCCUUCUCGGGACUGACCCCGCCGUACUUUGAUGAAGAGGACUUUUUCACGGACCAGUCCUCGCGAGACCUGGACCCGGACGACUUUCUGGACGAAGACGUGGACUUUUUAACCUUCACAGAUUAUUACAAAGAGAGCGGCAGAGACUUUUACAAAGAGAGCGGCAGAGACUUUUACAAAGAGAGCGGCAGAGAGCGGCACGACGCGGACUAUGAGCUGGGAAACUUGUCCUUCUCCUCUUCCUCCUCUUCGCUCUCGUUCUGCGCGGACUCUGCUCCGGAGCUGUCUCCUCUCGGGGCCCACACCGCGCUCCUCAAGCGGCGGAGGCGCCUUAGGUCCGAGCGCGAGCUGCUGCAGCUGCGUCAGGCCGCGAACGUGCGCGAGCGGCGGCGCAUGCAGUCCAUCAAUGACGCGUUCGAGGGUCUGCGCUCGCACAUCCCCACGCUCCCGUACGAGAAGAGACUGUCCAAAGUGGACACGCUGCGUCUCGCCAUCGGAUACAUAAACUUCCUCGCGGAGCUGGUCCAGUCUGACGUCCCGCUCCGGAACCAGGGCUCUGACGCGCCUGCGCAGCCCAAGAAGGUCAUCAUCUGCCACAGAGGCACCCGCUCCCCGUCCCCCAGUGACCCGGACUUCGGGCUGCCGCCGCUCGCGGGACACUCUCUGUCCUGGUCCGACCAGAAACAGCUCCGGGACCAAAGCGUGAUCCGGACCGCGAAGGUCUGGACCCCCGAAGACCCGCGCAAACUGCACCAAGGGCUCGCGGAGCUGACGCACGAGCUGCCCCUGGGCCUCAUGGUUUAA